AGCCCAAACUAGACACAGCUUUGAUUAGGUUUUAGCAGUCAUCACCUCUCAAUCUCCAGCUCCUUAUAUAAACUUGCUUGGCCGCCAGAAACCCUAACGGCGCCUCCUGCUUCUCUUCUCUACGGUGAGAAAUCGCUGGUGGAGGAUCGGACACGUCUUAAGUUUCGAUCAUGAGUAAGCUUCAGAGUGAUACUCUCAGGGAGGCUAUCUCUGUCAUCAUGGCUGCUUCCAAGGAGAAGAAUCGGAAGUUCACAGAAACUAUUGAGCUUCAGAUCGGGUUGAAGAAUUAUGAUCCCCAAAAGGACAAGCGUUUCAGUGGUUCUGUUAAGCUGCCACACAUUCCUCGUCCAAAGAUGAAGGUCUGCAUGCUUGGAGAUGCUCAGCAUGUUGAAGAGGCUCAGAAGAUCGGUUUGGAGUACAUGGAUGUAGAAGCACUGAAGAAGUUAAACAAAAACAAGAAAUUGGUUAAGAAACUGGCUAAGAAGUACCAUGCUUUUUUAGCAUCAGAAGCUGUUAUCAAGCAGAUUCCCCGUCUUUUGGGUCCUGGUCUCAACAAGGCAGGAAAGUUCCCAACCCUUGUUUCUCACCAAGAAUCCCUGGAGUCUAAAAUUUCUGAGACAAAAGCGACAAUUAAGUUCCAGUUGAAGAAGGUUCUCUGUAUGGGAGUUGCUGUAGGGAAUGUCUCAAUGGAGGAGAAGCAAAUUUUCCAAAAUGUGCAACUGAGUGUGAACUUCCUUGUUUCACUAUUGAAAAAGAAUUGGCAAAACGUAAAGUGCUUGAACCUCAAGACCACAAUGGGGAAGCCAUAUCGUGUUUAUUAGAGUCUUCACUUAGUUUUGGAGAUUUGUAGCUACAGUUUGUAAGAAGCCUGCUCCUUAUAGGGACUGCUCCUUGUAGGAAGCGUGUUUAUUUUGAUGGUCCAGUUUCUUAUAUGCCUGUUUUACUUUUUGCUCAAUGCUUGUCAACAUUGUUAUGUUAGACUUUCUAUUAUUAUUAUUGUGGGAGGG